GCAGCCAGUGGAGCAUCAAGCCUGCCGAGCGAGCUCGCGAGCGUCUUUUCGGGUCAAGGAACCGGUCCGACGAGGGGAUGUCCAGCGCGCCUUCCCGCCGUCACUAGGGCCGCGCGCGCGGACGAUGAACCCACCAGAGCUGCGGGCUCCACGGAGAAACACCGAGCGAGUCCAUGUGAACACGUAUUUCAGGACAUUGUGAGUGCUGCUAAAGAUGUCUGAUAGUGUUGAUAUUGAAGAGAAACCACCGGCCCCCCCCUUGAGAAUGAACAGCAGUUCCCGAGACUCUUCGUCGCUGAAUCACGCCUCCAAACCGCUUCCGAUGGCUCCCGACGAGAAAAACAAGAAGGUCCGGCUGCGCUCCAUCUUCCCCGGGGGAGACAAGACCAACAAGAAGAAGGAGAAGGAGCGUCCCGAGAUCUCCCUCCCUUCGGAUUUUGAACACACCAUUCACGUCGGCUUCGAUGCGAUCACGGGGGAGUUCACGGGCAUCCCGGAGCAAUGGGCACGGCUCCUCCAGACCUCCAACAUCACCAAGCUGGAGCAGAAGAAGAACCCGCAGGCCGUCCUGGACGUCUUGAAGUUCUACGACUCCAAAGAGACCGUCAACAACCAGAAAUACAUGAGCUUCACCUCGGGAGACAAGUCGGCACACGGCUACAUAGCAGCAAACACUCUGAACCGGCUGCUGUCGUCCGGGCCUCCCGUCAGCCUUAGAACCUGCAGCGUGUUAUUCGACAAGAGCGCCUCUGACCCGGCGGGGCGGGGACUCAACCUGCCCCAGAGGGUUGAGAUGGAUGUCAAACUGCAUGGCGCCAAAACCUCGUCGUCGACGGAGCCCCCGAUCGCUCCACCCGUGUCCGAAGAGGAGGACGAGGAGGAAGAAGAAGAGGAGGAGGAGGAGGAGGAAGAAGAGGAGGAGGAGGAGGAGGAGGAGGACGAGCUGCCCCCGGUCAUCGCACCUCGGCCCGAGCACACCAAAUCGAUCUACACUCGCUCCGUCCUGGAGCCCAAGGCCCCCACCCCGGUGAAGGAGGUGUUGACUCCGCCCGAGUCGCAGGUGCAGCCGGACAACACGUCCAGCACCCUGUACCGCCACACCGACCGCCAGAGGAAGAAGUCCAAGAUGACGGACGAGGAGAUUCUGGAGAGACUCAGGAGCAUCGUGAGCGUGGGGGAUCCCAAGAAGAAGUACACGCGCUUCGAGAAGAUCGGACAAGGAGCGUCCGGCACAGUGUACACUGCCAUCGACAUAGCAACUGGCCAAGAGGUGGCCAUCAAGCAGAUGAACCUGCAGCAGCAGCCCAAGAAGGAGCUGAUCAUCAAUGAGAUCCUGGUGAUGAGGGAAAACAAGAACUCCAACAUCGUGAACUACCUGGACAGCUACCUGGUGGGAGACGAGCUGUGGGUGGUGAUGGAGUACCUGGCCGGCGGCUCGCUGACCGACGUGGUGACGGAGACGUGCAUGGACGAGGGCCAGAUCGCCGCCGUCUGCAGAGAGUGUCUGCAGGCGCUGGACUUCCUCCACUCCAACCAGGUGAUCCACAGAGACAUCAAGAGCGACAACAUCCUGCUGGGGAUGGACGGCUCCGUCAAGCUCACCGACUUCGGCUUCUGCGCCCAGAUCACCCCGGAGCAGAACAAGCGCAGCACGAUGGUGGGGACGCCGUACUGGAUGGCGCCCGAGGUCGUGACCCGCAAGGCCUACGGGCCCAAAGUGGACAUCUGGUCUCUGGGCAUCAUGGCCAUCGAGAUGGUGGAGGGGGAACCGCCCUACCUGAACGAGAACCCGCUGCGGGCGCUCUACCUGAUCGCCACCAACGGCACGCCGGAGCUGCAGAACCCGGAGCGGCUGUCGUCCAUGUUCAGAGACUUCCUGAACCGCUGCCUGGAGAUGGACGUGGACCGCCGGGGCUCCGCCAAGGAGCUGCUGCAGCAUUCGUUCCUCAAGCUGGCGAAGCCGCUGUCCAGCCUGACGCCUCUGAUUGUCGCCGCCAAGGAAGCCAUCAAGAACAGCAGCCGCUAGGCGGCGGCGUCCCUCUGUCCCCCACUGGGGGGGCGGGGUCGGCUGGUGGCUGACGACGUGACAGUGGCAGCCCAGGGAAGUGGGGGUGAGGGGGGGGGGGGGGGGAGUUUGUGUGAAACACAAGGACAAAAGACCCCCGGGCCUCACGGACACACGGCGUCGCAGCCUCUCGGCCCCCGCGCUGCUGGAGAGGCCCCGCCUCCUUGUUCACUUCCCCAGCACUCUGUACAUGUAGAGCAGUCCAUCACACAGUGUGUGUGUGUGUGUGUGUGUGUCACCUGUGCACAUCUCUGUGUGUCGUGUCUUUGUGAGGCAGCGGUCGCUCCCCAGAAGCAAGAAAACAUUUUCAAGAGGAAACUCCAGUCGAGAAGAGAAGCGACGCUCAAAACUAAAGAGCGAUUGCUUCCCUGCAUCAUGGCUUCAGGCUCAAGACUCAAGGCUUCAGGCUCAAGGCUUCAGGAUUCAGGCUUCAGACUCCAGGCUUCAGACUCCAGGCUCCCUACAGGCCGCACGUUGCUCCUGCAGCGGCCGAUGUGAGCGCGUGACUCUGGACUCUGUAGAGAAAACAUCGCCGCUCCUCUGCAGAUCGUCACGUCUCAAGGUGGCAGAUAUUUAUGUGAGUGUGUGUGUGUGUGUGUGUCAGUGUGUGUGGAGGGAAAUACGUCAGGAUUAGUUUCACACGCCAGCUUGAAAACACUCCUGCAUUUCAUUUGAGCCAGACUUCUUUCAGGUCACCUUCAAACUUCAUUCGCUUAAUAUUUUAGCUGAAUAUCAGAUUACAACCCAAAAAAAUGCACAACUUCCCCCCACAAAGUAUUAAAUUAACCACAACAUGAGACUCACAAUUGUAGAUUACAUGUGUAAUUCCAAAUAUAUAAUGCAUAAACCUUCAUAUACAUCUCCAGAGGAAAGUGUUGCGCAACAUUAGUAUUCAACAAUCUUCUCCAGAGGGUCUAAAACAGUGGCUGCUUUCCUGCUAAUGCUAAUGUUUACACAUAAACAUGACCUGGAGCAUUCAUUGUGUACAAGCAUCUCACACAGGCUUUAGACAACAUCUUCACUGAUUGUUGUUUUCACAUCGGACAAUAAGGUAUCAAAUACAAAGAAAGAGGAAUACGUGAAUAUCUAUAUUUAAGGAUGGAUGGUGCACACAGUGGACCGACCUCUCAGGUCAUGUGUGUGUUGACCUGCAGUGAGUUCACGCUCUACUGUCACACAUCGUCCCCGUGACCUUCAACCCGAAGCAGAACAAAUAUACAAAUCAUAGAAUACGCUAUAUAUUUAUAUAUGCAUAUAUAUGUAUUCAAAUAUUUAUAUAUAUUUAUAUAUGCAUAUAUAUAUGUAUAUAUAAUCCAAAAUAAGUCAAAUUGAGGAUCUGCAACAAGAUGCGGUGGUGAAAAGACUUUUUCUUCAUCUUGUAAUUCAUUUAUUAUUUAAUAAUUUGACCUUCAACCUGAAGCAGGAAAGAUCAUUACCAGAAGAAGUAUACAAAUCACAAAGUACACUUUAUAUAAAUAUACAUCUAUAAUCCAAACUGUCCAGUCACAGUAACGCGCUGCAGUAAGAUCUUCUACUUCAUUCAUCAGUUCAUCAGUUAUUUGUGGCGACUUAAAAUAAUUAAAGUAUAACAGAAAAUGUAUUAAAAAAAAGCACAAGUCAUGUGGUCUCAACCAUCGGACAUAGCAGAAUGCAUUAUGGGACACCCCCCCCCUCAUUCAUGCUUCAGUGUCCUUUUAAUGGCGCUUCAUGUGUCUCAUGUGAUCUGUAUGUCUUGUCGCGAGCCGAUCGGGGGGGGGGGGUUCCAUAAUAAUGACUGUGCCGUGGGCAGAGGUCACAUUGUCUGCUAACAUUCCUUCCACGCCUGGUUAGCGUUUUAAACUGGUUCCUGUACGGAGGUCAUGUGACUGUGUGUGUGUGUGUGUGUGUGUUACCUCAAUCUGCACUAGAAGACGCCUCACUCGUGUUUGACCUUUGACCUUGAGGUGUGCCGGGUAGCUGCUGGAGUCGUAUCAUACCUCCAUUUGUACAGAAGACGGCGGCGGACGGGAUUCAUGCAUGAAAGAAAAAAAAACCUAUACACUGUUUGUCAUCUUCAGAUUAAAGGUCAUAGGUUAUAAGAUCGUUAGGAUAUGUACAUAUGUAAAUAUGACGGGGACCCCCCCACCAACCACCACCCUCCUCCUCCCCACACCCCUUUAUCCCCAGGAUUAUGUAACUUAAAAUGACGAUAUUCAGGUUGCUCUAUGGUAUGUAUCAAUAAAUGUUUUGCACCCUGAAAAAUCAACAACAACAACACACACAAAAAAGGAAAAAACGAAAGCACCCUCCUGGAUCCGUCUCUCCUGGAUCCGUCUCUCCAGUCUGGACUUUAUUGGACCCUCCUCCAUCUCUGUGUGCCGGCCCACACAGCCCGCCCCGAGUACCACUGCUGAGCGUCCGUACGUGUGUGUGUGUGUGUGUGUGUGUGUGCCUGCGCGGUAGGUGAGGUGGGGCCCUGGACGACGCCCCCCGCCCCCAUGUACAGGUCCAUGAGCACAAAGGUGGGCCAAGAGGACUCUGCGGCCCCCGUGGCUGCGGUCGCUCAUUCCUUUCUUCUGAACCUGUACACGUGGUGUGAAAAUAAUUCCUCUUAUUAUAAAUGUAUCAAGAGAAUGGAACAAAGACGAAAAUUUUUACUUUUUAAAUUAUUAUCAUUAUUAUUAUUACUACUCUUAUUAUUAUUGUCUAGCUUUGUAAACCUGCUGAUCCAUCGGGCGUACCUCAGCAGACCUCCCCUCCCCCAUCUUUGAAAAAAAAGGACAAAGGAGAGACGGGGAAAUGGGGUUUUGGAUAAAAGUAUUUUUAAUUGUGGUUGAAGCAAUAGACUUUUUUGAACUUUGAAUUGUGCAUGGCUGUGUCUUGAGUUGUAAAACAAACAAAAUAUUGCAGUUUUGGGAACUGGACUGAAAUUAAAAAAAGAGGAAGAAAACCAGA